GAGGGGAGCCAUUGUCCGCUACUUAAAAAAUAGUUAAGGUAAGAAAGAGAAGGCAACUCUUUCUAACAAACUCAUGCCAGGGAGUCUAUACACAUUAAUAAUCUUUAAAUAAAGUAGUUAAUCUUUCUAUUAUAAUUAUUUAGUAAAUACAUUCAUUUCUACAAUUUAAUUAUACAUCUUCAUCAACUAUCUCUUUAAACCUUCUAAUGUAUCAUUUAUAAGGAUUCCCAGUUAAAGGGAAUGGAAAUAGUAAAUUGAAUUUAUUUCAGAUGACAAGUCCUGAGCCCGCUAUAACUGUUGAGGAAUAUCCUGAGGCCACCAGUUCUAUGCCAUCCCUAAGUAGAGGUUAUACUAGUGGAGGAGCAUUGACUCAACCAUCCUCACAUCUUCAGCUAUGUCAGGCUCCAUACCCUUAGUUAAUCCCCCUCGUUUGAUUCCACGAUCAUUACCAAGUAGACCACCUUACCCUGGAAUUCCAACCAACCAAUAUCUUUGGUUACGUCAACCAUUUCAAUCGACACAAGUCCUUCCCCCAAACAUAUCCACCGCCCACACCAUAUAUAAUCCAGUCCCGGGUUCAUCACAAUUAGGAGGCUUCGUACCUAUAUAUUCAUCAUCAGGAGAAACUUCUUUGUCCCAUAACCCCAUUGUGUCAAGUCAGGUGACUGCAACAAAUCCUUUAUAUUCCAUUUUUCCACAACAACAAUUCCCAGCAGCUCAACAAAGCACUUUUUGUGCCCCGCCACCUGAUUAUCAGUUAUCAUUGUCCAUGCAGUCAUCACCUCUACAUAGUCUGGUUCCUCAGAAACUAAAGGAAAAAAUUUGGGAGGAUGAAUUUAUCAAUCUUUCGGCACUGGUCAAAGGUCCUGAGGAAGAUGCAAAACAAGAUUAUGUUUUGACUGAGGUGAAGGAAGAUGGAACGUAUGAAUCAAUACACAUCAAUCUUAAUACCAACAAUACUAAAAAAGGAAGAAUCCUUGCUUUUCCAGAAUGGAUAAGGGCCUUUAUCAUGUACAUAUCCAUCUACUCUAUACGUUUUCCAGAUCAAACACCUCACCUUCUGAAACAUAUGGUGGCAGUUACAGAAUUGUUUCAAAAGCACCAAGGAUGGCGAGUUUACGAUGAAAAAUUCUGAGAUGUGAGAGCAAAAACCAAAUUUCCAUGGGGCAUGAUU